CUGCCCAUAAUCGACCUACUGCUACUGCUAGUGUUCUGGAGUGUUGCAAAACAGGCUAAGGGAAUUUUGCACAACAGUGAUACGCAAAUGUAGCCCUGUUGGAGUUUUUUCAUACGCUACGACCCUUUGGAUCUCAAGAAUGUAAAGAGAGCGGUCUAUUGCACACACGUCGUUUUCGAUGUCUUGCUUUUAGAAUAUGUGGCACACCUCAAGACGUCCACUUCGCCAUCUCGGUUAUGAAUGUCACUCCUAUUAUUAACUGUACCUAAAUAAUAAUGUUCACAAAGAAAGUUCAUGCUGACAUUAAGAAGUCCACGUUAAAAGUUCAGGAUCUCAAAAAGGAUUCAACCACUCGACUCAAGCACCUGAAAAUUGUUCUGGAAAAUCUAGAUGUUGAAGAUGCUCGUCAGUUCUUUGAAACAAACUUCAGUCACAUUUACUGUAUUGUCUAUGAUAGCUUUAUCAUAGCAGAGACCAACUUACGUCAAAGAGACCUGACAUUCCAUCUGGUUCACAAAGCACAUCGAGAGGAAUUGGAGUGUGUACUUCAAGUGUUAGAAAAAGCUUUAAUACUUCUACCAGAGUUACUUGGACGAAGAUGGCAAUGCCACUCAUUAACUCGUAUUAUGACCAAACUCCUUCAUCCGGGCAAUUCAUGGAAGCUGAGAAGAGAGGCCAUGAGAUACUUUCUUUUGUGGUAUCAAGCCUUAGGAGAUAUGGCUCCUAAUGCAAUACAUGCCAUGUUUGCCACACUGGUACCAGGAUUUCCCUCACCAUUCCCAGGUUUGGGCUUGGACAGUUUGAGUAAGACUGGGACACAGGGAUCUACAUUCCAUGAUGCAAACCAAGGUCGAGUGUGUCCUGUCGAAGUUUUACCAGUUUUUCCUCCUCAAAGUGGGGAAAAACAGCCAGAAAAUUUGUCAUGUUUUUUUUUAGAAGCUGUUUUGGAAUUCCUUGUUACACAAGUUGGACGAAUUGAAUGGCGAGACAAACUAUCCCGACAACACAAGUGCUUUAUGUUUUUGUUUGAACGUUUUAAGCAGUAUUAUCUCCCUCAAAUUUUUCCUGACUUCUCCCCCCACACAAGUCUCUACAAGCCCAAUCUCGAAUUGCCAUCAUUAAGGAAAGCAUCUGAUAGCACAGAUGAAAGGCGACGUUUUGACCCCAUGGCAAGUUGCCGAGUUGCUUUCAUCAAAUGGAUUGCAAACUUUACUCAUGCUGUGAAAAAGGGAGAGGCAGGAUUUACAUCCUCUGUGCCUACCAACAGGUGUGUACCCAUAUCAUCUCAUUCGCAAGCUCUUUCUCAGCUGCACUCGCAAGUCCAAAUAAAUCCCUUGCACCUGAGCUUGCAAUCACAUGCCUCUUCGCAUUUGUCUGCUGCCCAAAUCCCUCAAGGCAGCUCGCACCCUUCUUCUCAAGCUGCCCAGCCUAAUGCACAGGGAUACAGCAUCACUGGUAAUGAAGAUGCGGAACGAUCUCCCGGCACUGAAUUGAGACGUGUGAGUGUCAGCCAAGCAGGUAUAUCUAGUAGUGAUGCAGUGUCACCCGAUUCAAACCAAUCAGUUUCCUUCUCUCAGUCAGAUUCCACUUUUAGUGAGGAUCCAAACCAAAGUGCAAUAAAUCUUGUGCGUGAAGUUCUCUACUCCAGCCGUGACAAUGUAAAUUUAAUCCACGAAGUAUAUCGGCAAGCCUUUCUUCUUGACAUGUCUCAAGCUGCUGCAAUCCGCAGGACCAUUGCUGUCUAUAAAGACUGGAUACAAAUGAAGGUGGAUCUACCACCUUUUAUGUUGGAGCCUCUAGAUGGGCAUAAGAAUGAAGACCAUCAUCGCUCUAACUAUGGGCACACCAUGGAAAUGGCUUCUAAUGAAGCUGUGGAAACACAUCGGCAAACAAGACUGCGAAAUGAUUCGUACUUGGGCGCUAUUCAUAGGGAGAAUCUUCUUGUGAGAGCUGGACUACAGAAUCUUCUUCAAGUAUUUAUAACCCAUGCUGCUCAUGUGUUCACUUUAGAAGUUACUCCUGAUUUUCCUGUUCUUUUGGAAGAACAGGUGGAAGCAUGUAAAAGGGUUUUAAAUAUUUACCGGUAUAUGGUUAUGCAUACCAGAAUGGAGGCUCGCACCUGGGAGCAACUACUUGUAGUUCUCUUACAAGUUACAUCUCUAAUACUAAGUCGCACUCCACCAAAACGCAAAGAGGAAACCUUGGGAGGAAAAUUGGCUCCUGCUAUCUUUCAAACUCUGAUAGUGACUUGGAUCAAAGCUAAUCUGAAUGUUGUAAUUUCAAACCGUCUGUGGGACCAAUUUUUAGCUGUUCUUUCCUCCUUGACUCAGUGGGAAGAACUGAUCAGAGAGUGGGCAAAAACACUGGAAACGUUGACAAGAGUUCUUGCAAGACAUGUUUACAAUUUGGAUUUGCUUGACCUUCCCUUAGAUAGAUUAUCUGAACAGAAAGCUAAACGCCGUCGAGGCGGAGCUAAUGGGAACUGCGACAAUGGGAUUGUGGGAUCAUAUUCUAUCAGUAACAAUAAUCGCACCAGUAAUAUAGUUUCAAAUGUAGAUGCUGGAAGAAGCAGUGCAAUCUCAGCACCAAAGCGUUUACGAGACAGGGGUGGAACAAAUGUAAAAUCUGUUCCAAUUCAAACUCAUCAUGAUGACAGUGAAGGAGGCCCUAGCAGCUUUGCUAAUUCAGACACAGGUGCAGUUAUGUUUCCAAUUGCAACACGGCUUGGAAGCCACCGUAAGAGGAUGUAUAGCUCAGGGGAAAAUGCUCUGCCACGCAGUUCAAGUGAAACAAAUCUUAGUCUACUGAAAAGUGGUCAAAAUCACCAACACCGUUCUAGGGCUCCUCGCACAGAAUCUCACUCUCAUACAGUUGUCAUUCCAGUUCUACCACCUUCUGUAGAAGUUGAAGUGGCAAGACUUUUGGCAUUUCCGAAUGUGAAGACAUGUCCUCCUAGUCGCUUGCGUAAGCGAAGGUCGAGGUCUAUGGAUUCUUUGAGAGGAGUUCGAGGAGGAUCCCCACUUCAUUUAUAUGAGUCUGAGUGUGCCACACGGUCACCAUCCCCAGCACCAUCAAGUGGACUUGAAAGCAACUCCUUUAAAGAUUCUCCCCUGCAAUUAGAUAUGAUGAGUGGAGAUGCAGCCAGUUUGGAUGUUGGAGAUGGUGAUGGGAGGGUUGAACAACGAAGUGUCAUGGCUGGUGGUACAGAGAGGGGUUGGCUUCCAGAUGUUGCCGUAGUACUGUGGCGUCGUAUGCUUGGUGCUCUUGGUGAUGUUAACAGGUUGGCUGAUCCGGCACUUCACGCUCAAGUGUUUGAUUAUCUGGUGGAUCUUAAUGACACUAUGGUGAAGAUUCGAUUAAAUCAGGGGGUAUCGUCUGAUAACUUAGUUACACCUCCACCACCAGAUCUUGUGCCACCCAUCACCAUCAUUGCCCCCUGGUGUUUUCAGGCUCUUAAGUUACCUGACAGCUAUCAAAAGGGGAAACUUAGUGCCUGCAGGCUUUUGUGCAACAUGACAAUAGCUCCUCAUGACAUUGCCUUAAGCCGUGAUCAUAUUACACAGUUCUACAGUGUGCUGCAUCAUGGGUUGAUUGGAACUGAUCAGUUUAUCAUGAAUUCAAUAGUGAAAUUUUGCGGACCUCGUUUCUUUUCUUUGCAACUCCCUGGUUAUUCUUUGUUGUUGCUCGACUUUAUUCAUGCUGCUAAUACAAUAGUUUCUACAUCUGAUUUGCGUCAUACUCCAAGGACUGAAGCUAUGUCUAUUUUGGGAGCUCUGUUGUGUUUGACAAAUAACUUAUCAUCAUUCCCUGUUCUGCAGCCUAAUGCUGUGGAUUACUCUAUUAUGUCCUGUAUUGAUGCUAAGGAUCAUAUAGUAAACAUUCUUCUCAAGUGUGGCAAACGAGAACCAGCAGGGCUUGCCCGCUGCAUUGCACUUUCCUCUCUCGGCAUUUAUUUGUAUCAAGAACUAAGUAAUCUGCCGAGCACAGAUGGUCAGCGCUUCUUCCACCCUAAAAUGCCAGAGGCUAUUAAUGUGUUACUUCUUGCUUUAAGGAAGUGCACUUAUCGAAAUCUGUCAUCUGAAAGUGCAUCAGUGAUUAAGUUCAAUCAUCGUACUGUUGGUCAAGUUGCAUCAGACAUAAUUCUCCUCCUUGUGGAUCAUGUAUCCACACUUCUGGACUACUUCCCUGAUAUUCCAUGUCAUAUUGUAGAGGUCAUUUCCUCUACAUUGGCUCAACUUACUCCUCAAGAAGGAGUGCAAAUGUCAGAACGCGAUAAGCGACUUCUGACUUCAUUACUGUUCUGUCUAGGGGAAUGGGUAAUGGCAUUGCCCAAAGAGGUCCUCUUGUCUGUUCGUCCUUCAAAGUCUCAAUCCAGUGAGGACUCAUGCAGCCUUUUACAUAAAGUUUUCAAGGUUCUGAUACAAAUAAGUGGAGGCUCCACUGGAGGUUGUGUGAACACAAUAGAAUCACAUUUUAAACCAGAUUUGUUGCAUGAGUUUGACCCAAGCAUUACAUUAGACAACCUGAAAGAGGGUACUAGUGGUGGAGGCGUUGGAGGAAGGCGUAGCUCUGCAAUGCCACCAGAAACAUAUGCUCAUCGACAGCCUUGUGGAAUGACUGUUAAACUUGCCGCUAAAAUGGUUCUAAUGCACAUGUUAAACCAUGUUGGUCACUUUCCAAUGGCCAUUGGGGCUGCAAGACUGUCGUCAAUGGUUGUGGAACAUGAUGAUGUGCCCGGUCUAUCCCCUGAUGAACUCAAUGUUCAAGUUUUCUCAGCUCCGAACAUACAGCUCUUGGUCCUCAGCUCCCAAAGACUUUUAUCCUUGGUUGAGCUGCCAACAUUAGCUGUUCCUGGAGGUGGUGUGACUGCAGGUUUAACAACAGCCCGUUCUCAAGUUAGAUUACUGCUGCGGGACCUGAGUGGCAAAGCUUGCUGGGAUGCAUCUAUUCUUUACUGCAGUCCUGAAGACAGCACUGAUUCCUCUCUUAAGUGUUGGGCUCCAGCUUCAGGCAAUGUUGGAGCAGGGCAGUCUGUUUAUCCGUCAUCACCUAGUUCAGUAGUUCAUCGAAGACCAUUGUCAGUUCCCACUCAAACUAAGAUGGAAGAAUCCAUUUUAGCAUCCUGCCUGGUGAGUCACACUCCACCUCAACAUACUUUGCGUCACCGCCCACCUCAUGUUCUUCCGACAGCACAAAACACCGCUGCAGAUAUGGACAAUUUGGAUGAUUUGCUGCAAUAUAUUGGACAUACUAGCCCAGAAUGCUUGGAAUCUUUGGACACCCCACGUAAUCUCCCAUCUGCCCCUCCCCCCCCAUUGUUUGCUGAGCUAGAGCAGGAGGUCAUGACAUGUGUUUUAAACCAGAGAUUCAAUGAACAAGAGUACCUUCAAAAGCAUCAUUCACAUGCAACUAUGCUGGGGGAAUGGGCUCAACGCCCUCCCCACAGACCACCUGCAUCACCAUUCCAACAUUGCCGUUUGCUGUUCUCCCAACUUGGGUUUGCUGGAUGGGAACGUAGGUCUCAGCUUAACUUACUGUCAAAAAAUGAGAAACUCCUUCGAGAGCUUCGUAACCUUGAUUCUCAGCGCUGUCGAGAAACUCACAAAAUAGCUGUAAUUUAUGUUGCUGAGGGUCAAGAAGAUAAAAACUCUGUUCUAUCAAACACUUGCGGAAGCCAAGCAUAUGAGGACUUUAUUUCUGGCCUUGCAUGGGAGGUGGAAUUAGAAUCCCAUACAGGAUUCUUGGGGGGACUCCAGCGUAACAAAAGUACUGGUGAUACUGCUCCCUACUAUGCAACAUCUUUCCUUGAAGUUAUUUUUCAUGUUGCUACUCGAAUGCCUUCUUCAAGUCAGGAGUCGUUACUGCAAAAGACUCGCCAUUUAGGGAAUGAUGAAGUACAUAUUGUUUGGUCAGAGCAUUCAAGAGAUUAUCGACGUGGUAUUAUACCAACUGAAUUCUGUGAUGUUUUAAUUGUAAUUUAUCCCUUACCUAACAAACUCUUUAGAGUGCAAGUUACACGGAAACCAGAGGUUCCUUACUUUGGACCCCUUUUCAAUGAAGCUAUUGUUGACCAACGAGUUCUGCCAGGAUUGGUCCGGGCAACAGCCAUUAGUGCCUCUCGUGCUAUGCGUAGUUUGUUGCCUUUCUACCAACAGUAUUAUGAAGAUAGAGCCAAGUCCCUUGACACCAUUGUGAAAAAUCAUAAAGAUGCUACUACUUAUGAAGAGUUUACGGGACAUGUAUUUUCCCCUGCCCCAGGCUCAGCUACAUUCUAUUCUAACCCAAACCGUACAUCAGGUCUAAGCUAUCCUGAGAGAGAAGGAAACAGUACUCACAGUUCUCAACUGGCAGCUGCCUUACUAGAUUCACAUAGGAAUCCAUCUCCGCGGUCGUCAAGUAUAGGUUUACAGGACAUACCUCUCAGAGGUGGAGCGGAACAUAUUGAUGCUUUGCAUGGAAUUUCGCCUCGUCCACUGAAAAAGCUGCCUUUAAAAUUGAAUUCUAGGGCAAGUAAGGGCCUUGGGUCGUCAUCACUGACUCCACCAGACAGCCCUACUAGUCGCAAGUCCAAGUAAACUCUUCCUGAAACUAGGAAGAUAAUUAAAGCAUUUAUACCUACUUAAAUUUUAAUUAUACAUACAUAGGUCACUUGUGAUUUUGUAAUUAUUACAUUUAGCUGUUUUCCUUAACUAAAAACUAGUUUUCAAUGAAAAAUAUUAAAGUGAAGUUGAAGUUGAAGUUGAAAUGUAUAUCUGCAAAGUCUUCUGUUGUUUACAAGGCUUUGUUACUAUGCUAUAGCAAAAAAAUCAAUUGUAGCUCAUAAUCAAAGCUAUGUAGUUCUGGAAAAAGGAUCUACAAAAAUCUAUAUUGUAUGUUAAUUUUUUCUUAUGAUUACCUCGUGGUUAAUUUGAUUCUAUUUAUGAACUUAAAUAAGUUGAAGUGAAAUGAAAGCAUUUUACCUUUUAACUCAUCCCUAUCCCUGCUUUUUCAAAGCCAGAAGAUAUAAGAAAUGAAAUAAUAAUAAUAAUAAUCAGUAUUACGCACUUGCAUCUAUAUUGUUGUGCUAUACACAUAUUUAUUUAAAAGCAAUUUGUUAAUGAGUUAACCCCACUUUUUCCAAAGAUAAAGAUUCCAAUUUUGAACCUGUAUCAUUACAAUUUGUGGUCACAGUUAAGAAGUACAUAGAAGUAAAACUUUUUAAAAUUUCUUGUUGUUCUUAGGAUUCCUGGUAGAUGAUACUGUUUGGCUUGGGAUAAUUAAGUAUGGUGGCUGUUUUCUUACCCAUCUUUUAUGUUAUUUGUCAUUUUCUUUGAGCAAAAUUUAAAAUUAGGAAAGGUUUUAACUUUUUUCCUAACCGAUCACAAAGUGCAGUUUGUGGUGGUGCGUUAGAAUAUUUGGCAGACAGAAUUAGAGUCUUCAGUUGUGAGAAGCUUAAGUUGUUUAAAUAUCACCCUUUAGGAAUGGGAAUUUUUGUGAUAGUAGUUUUCCAUAGUCUUACUCUAAAAUGUAUUGGACCAAUUACUUAAUUUUUUGGCAUAUUCAUAUGCAAACAAUUUUCUUAGAAAUAGCAUGUAUCAAGUGAACUGACAUGUCAUAUUUGUUCAUAUAUUCAUGCCUGUAUAAUGGCAGUAUUUCAACAAGUUAAAUAAUGUGAUCAAAUUGUUAACUGAUAUUAUGAUGGAUGUGAGAUUUUACUCUAUUUUCUAGUGUUAUGUCCUUCAUGAAAUUUCCACUUUAAUCAAGAGAGCCGUAUUCAUAAUUUUUUUAUUCCCAAUGACCGUGAAAUGAUAUAUCCCAAUGAAAGUGAACUAAAUGUGAUUUGUACUUUAAUUGUUUGUGAGAUGUUGUGUAUUUGAUGUUCUACUUUAUUUUUUUUACUAUCAAUAUAACCAGUGAUACAAAUUUAGAGACAAGGUAUUUGUUACACAAUAUUUUUGCAAAACAUUUGCAAUUUCUGAUUGUUUUUUUUUUAUUGUUACUGUGUUGUUGGAAUGAUUGAAAACUGUACUAAUAAUUUAUAAAAUUUUGACGGUACUUUACCCUUUUUCUGAGGCCCUUACAUUGUUAUUCAUGCUAUUAAACUAUGAGAAUUUAAAACAA